CGCGCUCCCUCGCCGCCGCCGCUGUAACGCGACAGGAUGCUGCUGCUACUGUCACUUCUGCCGCUGCCGCUGUUGUUACAGAUUUUGCUUUUGCUCCUUCUACCGCAUGACAAUUGUUUUCCUCGCCUAAGCAGAUACCAGCCUCAGAUGCUCAAGGUGAGAGUCUUGCCUUUCGCUCUGGGCUAUUGGUUCACUUAAUCUGGUCAAUUUGUUCGCUCGUUCGUGGUUUUCUUUCUCUCCACCCUCCUUCCCCCCGUUUUGUUUUGUCGUGCUUGCUUUCAGGGGGACGUUCUCUCCCUCCCUCAGAAGAGCUGGAAUUGCUUGAGAGGCGUUUGAGGAAUUAUAAAAGUGGCCAGGAGACAGGAGCGCAGUAAUCGCAGAGCUGCUCUUGCUUCGGAGAGUCAGCGAGAGCGGCAGAGGGCUCGGGGCGGGGGGCAGGGAGGCCUCAUUUUCCCCGUGCAUCCCUCCUCUCCCAGUUCGGAUGGUGUUGCUGGGCUCGGACCUUUUGUUGCCUCCUACUCUGUGAUUUUCGCAGAGCGCUGCGAAUAUUACUACCGUCUCUUUUUGUCUGUGUCUCACAGUAAUGGACUGUGGUAGAGUUAAGGCCUUUUGGAGGUGAGCUGUGUGAGAACUGAUGCUUAAACAUGUCUGAAGUAGCCGCCGACACUUUCCCAAGCCCCUCGGCUCAGCUGAGCCCUGACGCGUCCCUCGACGGGCUCCCGGCUGAGGAGAACAUGCCGGGGCCCCACAGAGAGGACCGGAGGGUCCAGGGGGUAGCAGGCCUUGCUGCGACCUGCUGUGUGUGCCUGGAGGCAGAGCGACUCAAGGGCUGCCUCAACUCCGAAAAGAUCUGCAUCGCCCCUAUCCUGGCGUGCCUGCUCAGCCUCUGCCUCUGCAUUGCUGGCCUCAAGUGGGUCUUUGUGGACAAGAUUUUUGAGUAUGACUCUCCUACCCACCUUGACCCCGGGAGGAUAGGACAAGACCCAAAGAGCACUGUGGAUCCUACAGCUCUGUCUGCCUGGGUGCCUUCGGAGGUGUAUGCCUCACCCUUCCCCGUACCUAGCCCUGAGAGCAAGGCUGAAGUGACAGUGCAAACUGACAGCUCGCUCGCGCCCUCCAAGCCCUUCUUUCUCCAGCCUUCUCUCUACAACCGCAUCCUAGAUGUCGGGUUGUUGUCCUCUGCCGCACCUUCGCUGUCACCAUCUGCCCUGGAGCCUACCACCGCGUCCCAGGCGCAAGCAACAGAAACCAAUCUCCAAACUGCUCCAAAACUUUCUACUUCUACAUCUACAACUGGGACAAGUCAUCUCACGAAAUGUGACGUAAAGCAGAAAGCCUUCUGUGUAAACGGGGGAGAGUGUUACAUGGUUAAAGACCUCCCAAACCCCCCAAGAUACCUGUGCAGGUGCCCAAAUGAAUUUACUGGUGAUCGCUGCCAAAACUACGUAAUGGCCAGCUUCUACAAGCAUCUUGGGAUUGAAUUUAUGGAAGCUGAGGAACUGUACCAGAAACGGGUGCUGACCAUAACUGGCAUUUGCAUUGCUCUUCUAGUAGUUGGCAUCAUGUGUGUGGUGGCCUACUGCAAAACCAAGAAGCAGAGGAAAAAGUUGCAUGACCGCCUUCGGCAGAGCCUCCGCUCGGAGAGGAACAACGUGAUGAACAUGGCCAAUGGGCCGCACCACCCCAACCCACCACCAGACAAUGUCCAGCUGGUGAACCAGUACGUUUCAAAAAAUGUAAUCUCCAGUGAGCGUGUCAUUGAGCGAGAAACAGAGACCUCGUUUUCCACGAGCCACUACACCUCAACAACACAUCACUCCACAACAGUCACCCAGACGUCCAGCCACAGCUGGAGUCACGGCCACACUGAAAGCAUCCUCUCCGAAAGUCACUCGGUGCUUGUCAGUUCCUCUGUGGAGAACAGCAGGCACACCAGCCCGACGGGGCCACGGGGCCGCCUCAAUGGCAUUGGUGGGCCACGGGAAGGCAACAGCUUCCUCCGGCAUGCAAGAGAGACCCCUGACUCCUACCGAGACUCUCCUCACAGUGAAAGGUAUGUCUCAGCUAUGACCACACCAGCUCGCAUGUCACCUGUUGACUUCCACACUCCGACUUCUCCCAAGUCCCCCCCAUCUGAAAUGUCACCGCCGGUUUCCAGCUUGACCGUCUCCAUCCCUUCGGUGGCGGUGAGUCCCUUUAUGGAAGAAGAGAGACCGCUGCUCCUGGUGACUCCACCACGGCUGCGUGAGAAGUAUGACAACCACCUUCAGCAGUUCAACUCCUUCCACCACAAUCCUGUCCAUGAGAGCAACAGUCUGCCACCAAGUCCUCUGAGGAUAGUGGAGGAUGAGGAGUACGAGACCACGCAGGAGUAUGAACCAGCACAGGAGCCUCCAAAGAAACUCACCAACACCCGGCGGGUAAAAAGAACAAAGCCCAAUGGCCAUAUUUCCAGCAGGGUGGAAGUGGACUCCGACACAAGCUCUGAGAGCACCAGCUCUGAGAGCGAAACAGAGGAUGAAAGAAUAGGUGAGGAUACACCAUUUCUGAGCAUACAAAACCCCAUGGCCACCAAUAUGGAGCCGGCCACUGCGUACCGGCUGGCUGAGAGCAGGACUAACCCAGCAAAUCGCUUCUCCACACCAGAAGAGUUGCAAGCGAGGUUGUCUAGUGUAAUAGCUAACCAAGACCCUAUUGCUGUAUAAGACAUAAACAAAACACAUAGAUUCACAUGUAAAACUUUAUUUUAUAUAAUGAAGUAUUCCACCUUUAAAUUAAACAAUUUAUUUUAUUUUAGCAAUUCCGCUGAUAGAAAACAGGAGAGGAAAAAAAAACUUUUAUAAAUUAAAUAUACAUAUGUACAAAUGUGUUAUGUGCCAUAUGUAGCAAUUUUUUACAGUAUUUCAAAAAUGGGGAAAGAUAUCAAUGGUGCCUUUAUGUUAUGUUAUGUUGAGAGCAAGUUUUGUACAGCUACAAUGAUUGCUGUCCCAUAGUAUUUUGCAAAAUCUUCUAGCCCUCAGUUAUCCUGGCUUUUUUGUGCACUGCAUUAUAAUGACUGGAUGUAUGAUUUGCAAGAAUAGCAGAAGUCCCUCUGUUUGCUUGUUGUAGAAUCCCCAGAUCAAAAAAAGCCCUCUUAUGGCACUCCCACCCUACUCACCUCACCAGAAAAUGACAAAAACAAAAAAAAAAAAAAAGGAAAGAAAGAAAAAAAAUCAACAAAAAAAGAUAUUUUCUUCUACAAGAAGUUUUAUUUUCCUUUCUGUAUAUGAAAUGAGUUUUGUCUGCUCUCUGCCAGCCAAAAGGUUUGCUUCAUUGAGCACUGGGAUAAUAGUAGAUCCAACAGCAUGCUACUAUUAAUUACAGCAGGAUAACAAACAAAACAAAACAAAAACAAAAAAAAAAAGAAAAACAAAAAAAAAUGCAUUAAGUAAUGUUACUUAUAGAAAGAAAGUAAUACUGUGAUUUUAAACCAAAUAUAUUAUUAAUCAGAGGUCAGCUUGUAAUCACUAGGAGCUGCCAUUUCAUUAUUUUCCAGAUACUAAUUGUUCUAGUUAUCCCUUAGAACAUGGGUUUAGGUUAGCUGAAGCUUUGAACCCAGUAUUCUAUUUAAAAGUUAAAAAAAAAAUAAAAAAAAGAAAAGAGAAAAAAAAAAAAGAUUUAUAUUAGUUUAAGUUAAUGGGGCAAAUAUUAUAGCAGAUAUCUGUAACCAAGCAAGGAAGAGAUCUAGCUGGAAAACAAAUGCCACUAAUAAAAGUGCAAUCAGUUUUCACCUCUAUUUUUUAAUGUUGAUUUUUAAGAGAUGGUUUAUUCUUUUUUCCCCUCAGUUUUCUCCUGUUUCUUCCCCUACUCAAAAAGAUCCCUGACAAGCUUCUAGCAAUACCUUGUUAGCAUUGCUUUUGGAGUAAGGGUUAUUCUUGGACACAGAAAUGACUUUCAGGGAAGAAUUUAUCUGCUGAAUAGUUAAAAAGGAUAGGCAGUAGGAAGGACAUAGCAAAAGUACGGAAUUCAUUUCUAGUCACCUUUACUGACUCCAUUAUUUGGGGUGGAGGAGGCCAGGCUGAUGCAAAGGCCAUUUAUGAAGGCAAGCACACCAUGUGGGUUACAGCCGUACUGUGCGUGGCUAUUUGAUAUGAAUGUUUAUGUAGCCACUGAUGGCCUUGAAGUCUUUGACUAGUAAUGAAUAAGGGUGUUGUCGGUGCUGGAGCUGUUGCAUCCAUUCAGACAGAAGCAAAUGGCCUCUUUUGCACUGAAUUCCUAACAGUUUAGUCAGGGUCACUCUGCCUCUUCUCUUCUUUUCAUUUUUGUUGUGUUCAGUUGGCACAGCAUAGACUCAGGAUUGAUGUGGAAAACAAAUGUUUUUCCUAGACUCCGGGGAUUCUGAAAAUGAGAACAUAUGUUCUACAGGUAUUACUGGACUCUAAAUAAGAGCCAUGUCAAGAGAACAAGAAUUUCAGCCAAACUACACUCAUCCUUUGGGCCACGUCCUGGUCCCAGUUAAAUGAAGAGAAAUAAGUCAAGGAAAUUUUGUGAGAUGUAAACCCAAGGAACUAAAGUCCUGACUCAGUAAAUUGUUCAAGCAUAUGCUUAUGCUAAUCCCAGCAAAAGUUAUCUUCAGCAUGUGCUAGACUCCCAUUGACGCAUCCAGUGUAUGCAUAAAGUUAAGCAUGUGUUUAAGAGUUUUGCUGAACAAGAUGUCCUAUUGAUUUGAGACCUGAAAGCAAAGUUUAGUAAAUGAAGCUAUUUAUCAGGAGGAUGAAAAUUAAUGAGUUUCUCACUGUAUAGAUCAAGCACGUCACAUUAGUAAGAAUUUGGAGGAGUCUAACUGACCACCAGAUUCAGCAGAAAAAGAACAAAAAAAACCUUAGAAUAGGAAGAAAAUGAUGACAAAGUUGGAUGCUAGGAUGCUGGUGGUGGAAGCAAAAGACCAGGAAACUAGUACAGCUUUGGGCUACAUGGUGACUGAAAUAGCACUGCUUAUUUGAGAAGUCUAUGGGAGAUGGCAAAGCUUGACAACUACAAACUGUCCAGACUCAAGACCCUUUUGCCAUUUCUUCCCUAGCUGGCAUGUACUUGAACACACUUUGCCUUUGCAGACCAAAACAAAAGCUCUGUUCAAAUUCUACAUACCAUACACUCAUUUUCAUCCCUUUAGUCAUGCCUAUUUAUCUGCAAUCCCAUGCAGCAGUACAUCCACCUCCCCAGUAACUCUACAACUCAGUAGUACAGAGGGCCAGGUGAACUUUACUGAUUGCAGACCACCAGUUUCCAAAAGUUUUGCACUGUUGAGUUUCCAGAGGCACUUGGAAAUCUGUCCUUUCAGUAACAUUUCUGAUACUGCAAAGAUCGUAUGAGACAGACAAGACAGAAAAAGGAGGGCAUAGAAGCAAGAUACUUGCUCCCAAAAUGCCCAUCUUAGUGGCAGAAGAGAGAUUAUAAUGCAGGGCUUUUGUAAUCUCCUCCAGUAUAGAUCACAUACAAGGCCAGCUCACAUUCAGGUGUCUGUGAUAGCCCAGACAGAUUAAUCAGGAUGGAAAAGGAUCUUGCCUUGAAGUGGAGUAAAUUAUUUGACUACCCAAUAGGGCCAGUAGAAAAGGAAGGAGCAAUUGCAUGCCUGGGAGCUGUACAUGUGAGAUUUAUUCAGUGUGAAUCUAGGGGAAAGUGUCACACCUCUUCUGUUGCAGUGCCUCGAAGUCAAAGCGGUGUGCAGUCCCUGCUCCUCCCCCUGGUACAUAUAGUAGUGUGUCAUAGAGUAAGCAUGAAAUUAGGCUGGGGACUUCACACGGACCUAAGAACAAGAAAAUACAAUUGGGGAUAUGGCUGCCUAAGCCCUUAGGUCUUUGGGGAGAUCCCAGCCUUACAGCACAAUUCAUGCAGCAGUGAGUUACGGGAGUUGCCCUGGCUUGGCACUCACAGAAGUGGGAGCAGGACGCGGCCCCCUCCCCUCUGGACUUGUUUUUAGCAUACUGUGAGGAUGGUAGGCAUCGUCCACGUCAGUCAAGUCCACACCCUGAAGUUAGCAAGUCUACAUGGCCACAGGUUCUGCUGGCGGACUGCAGCCAGCUCCUGCUGGCCAAGGUGCUGGAGACUGCAGCAAUGCAGAGCAGAGCCAGCAAGUGCCUACAGGAAAGGCCAGCUCCCCCCUUGGGGAUGUUCGCUUCAUCAACCUGGACCUCUGAGCUAGACAGUCCCAAUGCCUUUGGGCCAAGUCGUUCAGAUUGUCCUGGUUUCUUUUCAUGUCAUUUAACUUAAGCCGUGAGUUUUCCCUGUGUGUGUGUUUAUAUGCAGAAGUUCUCCAGGAAAAAAGGCUUCCUUCAGGGGUGUAUAGCUGGAAGAUGUUGUACACAACCUGGUACAGCCUGCCUGUUCAGCUGGUGUAGAACAUUACAGCUCCACAGAAGUUCUCUUAUAACAGAGAAAAGCCUACUCCCUCCUCUUGGCCCACAUAUUCCCUUCCUCACUUGAGCCACCCCAACACCCCCAGGUUUGAGAGAUCAAUCACUGCCUUUAUCAGGGAACCAGGGAAGCUCAGUCCUCCAAAACAACACUGCAUCUCCCUGCUUCUCUCACACACACUACAAGCAGUUACCUGAACAUCCAGGAUAGCAAACUUGUGUUCCUUCAAAGGACACAUCUCAACCUGUUGGACACUUCCUGGCUCUGCAGUGUGGCUACAUACCAUCAGCUGGGACUUACUUCUAGUAAGAAACAAAAAAAAAGCACCUAUGAAAUGCUGCAGAGAAGGGCAGACAAAGAACAUGGCCAAUUAUCAUCAUUUGUAAUUCUCUAUUCUAUUGUAAAUACAUCUUGUACAUACUUGGAUGUUUUCAUCAUUUACUGUCUUUAUGGAUUAUGUGUUAAAUAAGACUCUCUUAGUUUAUUGUGUAACACUGUAAAUAACAUAACGUCCUUUAUUAUUUAUGCAUAGGCAUCUAACACGCGGAGAAAGUUAUCCUCAUAUUAUUUUAAGAUAUAUGUCAAAAAUAUGUUGCAUUUUUCUUUUUGCUUUGAAAAAAAUUGUAAUAUAUCCUCUUUUUCCCCUCUUUUCCUUUAAAGAAAAAAAAAAGAAUGCUAAUUUAUUGUUCAGGAGAGAAAGGGGAUGUAACUGAAAGGCAAACUGUUCAAAGAACAUGCUAUGGAAGCCACAAGCUACUGAUAAACUAAAGAAUUUAUUAUC